AUGGCUAUCCUAUCCAAAGGAACACGAAUUGGAUCUCCUCCAAGCUUAAGUUGUGGCAAAAUAUUCCAACUUCUUUGCUUUCCUCAUCUUCGGGAAAUGGCAACCACCGCACAUUCGAUUUCCACCACCAUUAUUGACGGCAAGGCUCCUCCACGACCAUCAGCUGCCCCUGCAUCCUCCCAGUGUGUCACGCUUCCAUCUCUCCCACCCCCACCUCUCAAGCAGCAGAACCGUGCUUGGAAGGCAACUGGCUACUGUCGAAAGUUAGCACGGAAUGUUGCUGCCAUGGCCACUGGAGAGGCAGCACCUGCUGAGGCUGUCUCAACCGAAUUUCCAGAGCUCAUUAAACCAAUCCAAGAGGCAUGGGACAAAGUUGAAGAUAAAUAUGCAGUGAGUUCUCUUGCUGUGGCCGGAGUUGUAUUUCUUUGGGGCUCCGCAGGAAUGAUCUCGGCAAUAGAUAGGCUUCCAUUAAUUCCAGGAGUUCUGGAGCUUGUUGGAAUCGGUUGUACUGGAUGGUUUGCUUACAAGAACCUGGUCUUUAAACCUGAUAGGGAAGCAUUAAUUGAAAAGGUUAAAUGCACAUACAAAGACAUUAUUGGGACCAGUUGAACGGGUUUACAACGCCUCGAUUUGAGUAUCAACCUCAAGAAAAUCUAUAUUUCCUUUCAUCAUCUUUUUAUUAUAUUCCAAAAAUAAAUUUUUAACAGGAGAAAGCAUGUGAUGAUGAACAUCUUUUGAAGGCACAUAUGUCCAUAUAAUUCAUAAUUUGUAUCGUUUACUUUAUUUAAUGCAUGAUCACUCUCAUUCUUCCCAAGCUUGCCAUC